CGCUUUGCCUCUCUCGCUCUGUUUUCGCUCGUUUUCUGCUCGAAUCCCCAAUGAAGUUGAAGAAAUUCGUAUCAGUUCCCAUUUUCUGUGUGUUUUCCUUGAUGGGUUUUGUGUAUUACAUCACGGUGUUCAUUUUCAUCGAGGAUUGGACUGGUUUGCUUUCUUCUCCCGGGUUGCUCAACUCUCUGAUUUUCACUUCCUUGGCUUCCCUAUGCCUUUUCUCUUUCGCCACCUGUGUUCUCACCGACCCGGGUUCUGUUCCCUCUUCCUAUUUGCCCGAUGUUGAAGAAAAUGCCGGCUCAGAUCAAGAUGCCAAGUGUACCGCUUUACAGAUGAAGCAUUGUGAAAAGUGUAGCACCUACAAGCCUCCAAGGACCCAUCAUUGUCGGGUCUGCAGAAGGUGUGUUUUGAGGAUGGAUCAUCACUGUUUGUGGAUAAAUAAUUGCGUUGGUUAUUGGAACUACAAGUCCUUUUUUGUCCUUGUCGCAUAUGGGACUAUGGCAAGCAUACAUUCCACGUUCAUCAUUGUGAGCUGUGCAUUCCAGAAGAACUGGAAUCUUGAGGGAAUGCUUCCUGUAAAGAUUUUCUAUGUCAUUUGCGGGGCGAUGGUGAUCUCCUUGACCACGACUCUUGGAACUCUUCUGGCCUGGCAUAUCUACCUCAUAAUUCGGAAUAUGACAACUAUAGAGUAUUACGAAGGAAUACGGGCAGCAUGGUUGGCGAGAAAGUCCGGACAGAGCUACCAGCACCCAUUCGAUCUUGGUGCUUAUAGAAAUAUAACCUUGGUCUUAGGUCCAAACGUUCUGAAAUGGGCAUGGCCUACUUCAGUAAGCCAUCUAAAAGAUGGACUCAGUUUCCCGACUUUACGCGAUAGCUCAUGAACAAGUUCGGCCGAGCUGAUUCUCGUUCUGAAUUUGUUUCAAGAAUACACUCAAGGCUGCCAAGUUUAGAGAAGCUGUGUUCUUCUUAAUCUGUAGAUAAAUACGCCGCAAUUUCUCCACUCUCAUCAGCUUAGAAAGGUAGCAAAAUGAAGAGAUGGGGUUCUCUUGAUCCUCCUAAAGUCUCCAACCUCAUAAACAAGGGAAAAUUUGUAUACUCGCAGUUCUGUAUUUAAAAUAAGGAUUGAUGUAGAGUUAUAGUAUCGAAAUACCAUUCCAGUUUUAAACCGCUGUAAAGAAUUCGGGAAGUCGCAGGUUCUGUUUGAUAAUGUUUUUUUCGAACUUGAGGAGGGAAUAAAUUAUAAAAAUAGUUGUUUAUUCAA